UCCUUCUACUUCGCCCCCACGACAAGAAAUUCUCCUUCUCUCUCUCUCCUCGCCAUUUCUAUUCCCCUCUCUCUCUAUAUAAUCUUAAACUUCUGGAUUUUCUUCUUUCACAAUCUCUCGAGUUUGAAAGACUCUGCAAAGAGCUUACUUCGGUUUUUGAUUCUUGAUAUCUUCUUAUGGCUUCUUCAAUGAUGUAAUCUUGCUUCUGUUUCGUCAUCACGACCCGGAUCCGUAACCAGCUUUCAGACCUGGAUUGUACCAAUUCCCAGAUUUCUUAAACUACAACUGAAAUCAAUUUACGCUAUUCUGACUUUCUCCUCUUCAUACCACGUUGACCUUCAUCGUCUGGUCUCCGUUCAAAAUUUCCGUAGAAUCUUCAAGAGCUUCGCAAAGUUUCGAUCUUUUAUCUUUCUUCUUCUUCUUCUUCUUCUUCUUCUCUCUCUCUCUCUCUCUCUCUCUCUGCGUCUUAGGUUCUGUUGAUGAAAUUUUGAUUUAGAAGGUUGGGUUUAGUCAUCAAAUUUGGUACCAACAAUGGCGAGCCAGACGGGUCAGAGAGUUCGGUUGGUGAAAUGCCCAAAGUGCUUAAAGAUUCUACAGGAAGACGAAGAUGUUCCAGUUUAUCAGUGUGGUGGUUGUUCAGCCAUUCUUCAAGCGAAAAGACGUAGCAUUACUCCAAACACUACACCAAGUGCAGGAGAGACAGAGGGGGCUCAAGCCAGUGAGCCAAGAAGCAAUCAGCCUGAAACCAACAAUGUCUCCACCAGCUCACGGCAGGACACGGUUCUUCCGUCAUCCCCAGGCCAAGAAGAAGAGAAGCCUUGGGAUGGAUCCAUGGAGUCUACUCAGAAGCAGCUCGGUGGCUUAGACAUAUCUAAUCGAGAGGAGGGAAACGAAAUCCAACUGCAGGCAAGCUCACUUGGUGAUUCUGACAAAAAUGAAGGAGAAGACAACUCCAGCAGAUUGAAAUCUGACAUCAAAUCCGAGACAGAAGCUACAAGACAUGGGACUAGCUCAGGAAGCUUGAAUGCUGAUCAUGUGGUGGAUGCAAGAGCGAGUAAUUCGUCCAGUGAUGCUUACCACAAGCCAGAAGCUGAAAUCUCUCCCGAUGCUUCUCCUGUUGAAGAGGAACAAAACGAAGAUGAUCUUCCUGCAAACAAGACUUCUUCUGCGUAUGAUGGUAGUGAGUCUUCGUCUGAUGAAAGGGAAGACCAACUUCUCAAUGAAAACGAACAAUGGAAUGCUCUUCAGAAAAUAAGAUCAGGCAAAUUUGAGACUCAGAGAUACCCUGAACUUUACAAGGAGCAAGGCGCUAGUUCCUCAUCCACUUUCUCUGAGACGAGGCGCAAUGGUACACAUCAGAACAGGUCUCUGCAACUUGAGGGACCAGGAGGGCGUCUUGGAAGACAAGGGAAGAGACAUGUGACAGAACAACUUCGGCCUGACUUGCCUUUCUAUCCGAGAGAUUCAUACACACGUGUAAGCCCUUCAUAUCCAUCGCACGAUGAGUUUGAUCGCUAUUCCCGUGCACACUCGCUUCAAAUGCCUCCAUACGCUGGAGGCAUGAACUACGAGAAUGUUGACUACAUGUUUCACAACAACACAAGGGCAAGAGGUCGUGGACAAGGGGGUAGGUUCUCAGGAGAGAUGGUAAGUGACAGAAGAAACCAUCCCGGUUGGUAUUCAGCUCAGCUUCAUAAUUCUUACAGUUCAUAUUCUGCAAGUCCGCAGAGGCCAAUGGAACAACCUGAGUAUUAUCCGAGAUGGAGCCACGAGAUAGUCUCUGAUGUGGAGGAUCAUCAGCGUAAUAGACACGCCGGCCACCACCAUGACUUACAGAACCGUCGUUUAAAUGAGAGACAGCGUGUGGCCAAGCGUCAUAUCCGUCCAACAGCCGGUGGGGCACCUUUCGUGAGCUGUUACAGUUGCUCGGAAAACCUACAGCUUCCUGUAGACUUUCUCAUCUUCAAGAGGAAGCAUCAUCUUCUCAGAUGCGGCACCUGCACCACUGUUCUCAGAUUCUCACUUCAAUCCAGAACUCAUUUAAUUCCUGUAGUAACGCAUGACAUUAACACUAAUAGGAGUAGGAAUUCAACAUCAGAGUCUCCCAGCGACAAAGCUCCUUCCAAACCCGUAAAGCCGAGCUCCUCUGCUCAGGAAGAGGAGGUGCCUGUGGCUAGAGGGUCUCCGCUUCAUCGGCUAAUGGGAUAUUCUACUGUAAGCCAAGUCUUUAAAGCUUCUCAGCGUCCUCCUUCUGUGUAGAUCUCUGCUUCAGGUCAAGCAACAAGAACUAUGCGCUUUUCAGAUGGAAAGUUUUGCCAUUGGUUUAUCAUUCUUUUUCUCACAUCUGUGUAUAGGUAAAGAUUUGUUUCUGCACUUCUGUUUGAGGUAGAGAAAACCAUGACACUUGUGCAAAAGUAUACAAAAAUAAGAUAUCGCUUAUCUGUUGUAUAUAGUCAUGUAGGAUUUGUUAUACUUGUAACAAUAUUGAAUUCAUCAUUGUUCCUGGCUUUA